AUGAUGGGGACCGGAGGGAGCCUCGGGGCCUGGGGGAGCCUGGUGCUGCUGGGCCUGUGCAGCUGGACAGGGGCCAGGGCGGCUGCCCCCAGCCCCGGCAGGAACCUGACUGCGGAGGACCGGACCCCCAGCUCCAUCACCCUGCAGUGGCAGACGCCCCAUGGCCUGGACCGGAGGCACCACACCCCCUGGGGCCUGUGGAGCGGACGGGAUGGCGGAACUGAGGCCCCACGCACGACCGACACCAGUUUCACGGUGGACGGACUUGGGCCCAGGUCUCCGCAUGAGUCUUCCGUGUGGGUGCAGCAGGAUGAGACCAACAGCUCCAAGCAGACUCUGCAAAACAGCACAGUGCCGGCGUGUGCCGAGAACCGGCUGGAGAUGCAGAGUCUGGGUCUCAUCUCAGACCCACCGAACGAGAACCCGAAUCUUAAUGAGAUCCCCAGUGUUAUGAACUUGAAGGUAGAGGCUCAGACCACCAGCUCCGUCACCCUGAUCUGGGAGGAGCCAGGUGACCCUGACUUUCAGAACUACGUCUACCGGAUCCAGUGGACUGAGAGUGAGACGAAGAACACAACCAACACCAGCUUCGUGGUGGACGGACUGCAACCCGGGUCCUUGUAUGAAUUUGCCGUGUGGGCAGAGAAAAAUGGAGUCGCCAGCAACGCCACAAUUUGCAACGCCACCACAGUCCCCAACGCAGUGACGAGCCUCAGUGUGCAGAAGCAGACCAACAGCUCCAUCACCUUGAGCUGGACAGCUCCCUCGGACCCAGAUCAUCCUCUCUACACCUACGGGGUCUCAUGGGUCAAGGAGAGCACCAGCGCCAUUAGCAUCCGGAACACCACAGAUACCGGGAUCAUACUAACAGAACUGGAAGCUGGGAGCUUGUACAUCAUCACCGUCUGGGCAGAGAGGAAUGAGGUCAGCAGUGACAACCGGACACUCACUGGAGCCACUGCUCCCAACACAGUCAUGGAUCUACACAAGGAAAACCAGACGAGCAACUCAAUCAUCCUACGGUGGAAGGUCCCCACAGACCCUCACUCUCAGCUCUACACGUACUGGGUCCAGUGGACCCCUGGGGGACAUCCCCAGGGACAGCAAGACCCCCAGGGACAUCAGACCAACCACACAGGCAGGACCAAUGACAGCUGGUAUGAGGUGCAGACCCUGGAACCCGGGACUCUGUACACCUUCAGCGUGUGGGCAGACAGGAACAACGUGACCAGUUAUGCGCAGAGCCUCCUUGCAUCCACAGCCCCGAGCCCAGUCACCAUCACCUCCUGCAUCAGCACCUCUGGGGGCCACGGGGUCAUCUUGACCUGGUCCUGCCCCAUGGGAGGCUACGAGGCCUUUGAGUUGCAGGUGGGUGGACAGCGGGACUGCCAAAAUGGAUCGUCCUGUGGGAGGGGCGUGUCUGUGUGGGAUCUCCAGCCAGCUCAGUCUUACCCAGCCACCGUCACCACCAUCUGGGAUGGAAUGAGGGCCCCGUCUGCCCCUGUGACCUGCCACACGGAGAAUGCAGGGGUCAUCGCCGGAGCCAUCGUCGGCGUGGUCCUGUUUCUCAUCCUGGUGGGCCUGCUGAUUUUCUUCCUGAAGAAGAGGCACAAGAAGAGCCAGAGGAAACCGGCACCCAAGGUUCUGGGCUCCAGCCUCCUGGAGAACAUCCCGGCACAAGACUUUGCUGCCCACGUGAGGAAGAACGAGAAGGAUGCCAACAGUGGCUUUGCGGUGGAGUACCAGCGAUUGGCUCUGGAGGGCACCAAGCAGUCUCAAAUGGUGGCCUCAGCCCUCGAAAACAGUGCCAAGAACCGUUACCGAAAUGUGCUGCCCUACGACUGGUCCCGGGUGUCCCUGAAGCCCCACCAGGAGGAACCAGGCUCCGACUACAUCAACGCCAGCUUCAUACCUGGUCUCUGGGGCCCCCGCGAGUUCAUUGCAGCCCAGGGCCCCCUGCCCCAGACGGUGGCUGACUUCUGGCGCCUGGUGUGGGAGCAGCAGAGCCGCACCUUGGUCAUGCUGACCAACUGUGUGGAGUCCGGCCGGGUGAAGUGUGAGUACUACUGGCCUCUAGACGCCCAGCCAUGCACAUAUGGGCACCUACAAGUGGCCCUGGAGGGUGAGAAGGUGCUGGAGAACUGGACAGUACGAGACCUGAGGGUCCGGCACAUCCAAGAGCAGAAGACACUACGUGUACGUCAGUUCCACUACAUGACCUGGCCAGACCACGGCGUCCCCCACUCCCCAGACCCCUUGCUGGCCUUCUGGAAGAUGGUCCGGCAGUGGCUGGACCAGACUGUGGAGGGAGGCCCCCCCAUUGUGCACUGCAGUGCUGGCGUGGGCCGCACAGGCACCUUCAUUGCCCUGGACGUCCUGCUGCGGCAGCUGGAGCGUGAGCGUUUUGUGGGAGCCUUCAGCUACGUGCGGAAGAUGAGGGAGAGCAGGCCUCUCAUGCUACAGACUGAGGCCCAGUACGUGUUCCUGCACCAGUGCAUCCUGCAGGGUCUCCAGCAGUCACCCCUAGCCCCAGCAGAGAAAGGGGCUUCGUACGUGAACCCGCUGUAUGAGAAUGUCUAAGCCACAAGAGAGUUGAGACCCCAGUGGAGACUCAGACUCUGGAUCUCCACUUGAGCCCAGAUUCCUGGAGCCCUGGGAGAGCAGAGGGCUGGGGUCCCAGACACCUGAGUCUUGCAGGAGGAGGGGAGGCCUUGGUGUCUAAACUGUUUCCCUGGAGGACAGAGCGCAGGUGGGAGCGGGUAUCCUGGAUUCCUGGUCCCUUGGAGGAGGAGGGAUGGGAGCUAGGCUUUCCUAGUUCUUCGAG